AUGGCGCUCCCUGCGCAGCGGCCCCUGGACACCCUCAAGUACGCCGAGCUCCAGCACAUCGCCAAGACCGCCGGCCUCAGGGCCAACCUCCGGGCAGACAAAUUGCUGAAAGCCCUGAAGCAAUACUUUGAUGGAACAAAGCAAGAAAGUGAAAAUAUGGACCCUGAAAAAAGUGCAUCUGCUUCUUUUGAACUGGAUGAACAGAACAAUCAGGAGGAAGAGUUGCCUGCCUCGGUGUCUUUCAUUACAAAAAGACAUGGUAAAGUGAAGAAAACAAGCAGAAAAAGGAGGAACUCCAAGGAGGAAACUAAUACCAGUGAAGGAAAUAUGGAGCUUUCUGAUGAGAAAGAGCAUCCUGAAAUGAAAGAAAACAAAGUGCCUCGGAGUGAGUGUGGAGAGGGACAGAAGGUAUUCCAAAAUGAAGAACCAGUGACUAAAAAAAGAGCUGCUGAGCAUCCAGGGAUGGGUACUGUUCAGGAAGAACAACCAGAGAAGACAUCUGCUAAAAGCAGUAGAGGUGAAUGUGGCGCUCCUCACACCAGAGGGAAGAUCCCUGUGUACACCGGCCGUGCAGCAAGGUCUGAGAGAACAGCAUCGAAGGCUACUACACCAAACUUUAAAAAGAUGCAUGAAGCUCACUUCAAGAAAAUGGAAUCCAUUGAUGACUACAUGGAGAGGAAGAAAAGAAUGAUUGAAAACUGCAGCAGUUCUCUCAAAGAACUCAAGGUGCUAGCCAAAACACUGAAUCACUUGAGAACGUCGGGAAAAGGCACUCCACCUGACAAGCCCAAGAAAAAAAACAGCAGCAAAACGUUUUUAUUCAGCCCCAAUCCAGAAAGGGGGAGAUUCUCUGGCACCUGCACCCCCAGCAGCCUCCGGCGCUCCCCACGCGCUUCCCUGAACACUGCCAGUCGGAGCAUUCUGGCUAAGAAAACGCCAUUCAAUCCUUCUGUCCUUUCAACAACCAAAAUGAAUGUCAGGUUCUCAGAAGCCACAAAAGACAACGAGCAUAAACGCUCUCUUACCAAGACUCCGUCUAGAAUGUCUCCAUACACAGAGAUCAGCACUCCUGAGAGCCAAAAGAGCUGCAAGCUCAUCAGUCAGAAGAACAGCAAGAGGAAUGCAAGCAAUAAUGAUCUGACUGCAUCAAAGGUUGUCACACCCUUCAAGUUUGCAGCUCACCCUGCAGAGCCCACAAGCACAAAGAAGACGUUUGAUCUCAAAGCAAGUCUCUCAAGGCCGCUUCCGUAUCAGCCACACAAAGGACGACUAAAACCUUGGGGAGAACAUAAAGAGAAUGCAUCCGUCAGUAGCAACAUCUCUUCACGGAAGAAGGACUACAAACAGCCACAUCUCCGGACAAGGGAAGAAAGGCGAGAGAAACACGAGCAAGAGAGGAAAAAGAAAAAGGCUCAGGCUCUGGGAAGCCGUAGAGGACUCUCCGUGGGUUAGGAGGAAUAAGUAUCUGAGAAACUUGUGUAAAUACUCUUCCUGUCCUGUAAAUAUUUGCUGUCUGCCUGUGCUUUAGGUUGCUAUUAGCUAAUGCAGUCCAGAACACUUAGGAGACUUUAGAAUGCAUCUGAGCUUAAGGUUUUAGCAAUCAACUUCUCCAAUGAGAAUAGAGUUCUAAACUUUCAGGUGCUCAGAACUAGCCCUGUUUGCCUAAGAAGGUUUUGAUGUAACUUACUUGGUUAACUAAAAUGUUGAAGAAGAAAAUGUAAGUGGAAAAAAGAUACCGAAGAAGCCUUCUUGCAACUCAGAACAGAGCUCUCCACCACAAGGCCUUUUUUUUUACCCACUGGCAGCUUUGGGCAGCCAGCUUCCUAAGGUGCCCCUGUGAAAUGACAGGGGCUGGAGAUGCCUCCUUGCCCUCUUCCCUUCAGUCCUCGAAUUCUGUACCACCACUUAGCAUUGCUAACUGCAGGCCUAGGAUGUGGUAGGGAAUUUCCAAGAACCACCCAAGCUCUCUGCAGAACUAGAAGCUUUUACAGCAAAACUGUAAAACAGCGUGUUUGUUGAAAAGUCACACCUGAGAAGUGGCUUUACAAAUGACUGCCUGUGUGCUUUUGAACAGGUUUGUUCCUUUCUAUAGUAAAUAAGCAGCUGUUAACAAAAUUCUUCUGCUUUAUCACUCUCUGAUGUCUAAAAACUUGUUGGUAGUGUUGAGGCCCAUUCAGUGCUCCUGUUCUUUUUUGUUUGCUGUUGUUGUUGCUUUUUAUAAACACCUAGAAAAGCUGUCUGGAUUUACUAUGGAUAGAACUGGAAAGAUCACUUAGCAGUUCUAAUUUCAGCUAGAUAUUUGAGCCAAGUAAUUGUUUCUCUGAAUUUAGUCUCCUACAAAACACACCCUGAAAUGUCAAGAACAAGCAAUUAUUUUUAUAAACU